CAUAUUUCAUUCAUAUUGGCACUAUCCAUUUAGGCAUUUCGCUUUCUGUGGAACUCCACCUUUUGCCCACUUCUUUCAUAUUAUUUGCUAUCGAGAUCUGGGCUUUUUCACUCUCUCUGUCCGUGAUUUCCCAGUUGCCUACUGGUAAAACAUGAAGCCUCGAAGAUGUUGCAAAUGCUUGGAGUUUUUCUGGAAAGAAUCAAAAAUAAAAUCCUGGGUUUCUGUAUGGUGAGUAAAUGUUCGAUUUAUUUCUGCUGAUCCACCUUCGCUCUCGGAUUUGGCUUCGCAAAAGGAAGAAGAGGAAACCAAGAAAAACCCUUUCCUUUUUAGGUCUUUAACCCAAUACUAACGGAUAAAAUCUUCAUUUUUCCUUUCCUUUCCGCUUCGAACUCCUAACUGGAUACAGUCCAAAAUCCAAUUACUUCAGAGAAUAAAAACCCACAGUUUUUAGCCUUUUUAUAUCGUUUAUUCCGACUUUUUUUUAAAUCUUUUCCACACCCAUACUAAUUUGUAGCUUUAACUUUAUAGAAAACCCAGGUAGCUGGAGUUAUAUUUGAGUUGAGCUGGGUUGGUCUACAUUUAGUUUUGAAUUGGAUUUUGAGGUGGUUUCUGAUUAAUUUUGGUGAAAGGGUAACAAAAACAGAUUUUAGUUGUUUGUACUAAACAGUUUAUCAAAAGUGGCAAAAAUGAGUUUAAGUGCAGCCGAGGAUGAUUCGGGGUCAGAGAUUCAUAUACCGGCAGGUACAGAUUGGCAUAUGCUUGAUAAAUCCAAGUUCUUUUUUCUUGGUGCCGCUUUAUUUUCAGGUGUAUCAUUUGCUCUUUACCCUGUUGUGCUGCUCAACUUGUUUGGACCCCGAUCGAUGUCGUGAGCCAAAGACUUAUGGUUCAAGGUUACAACAAUAUCAACAGUUGCAGAAAUGCAUUUUCAAAUUGUAGAUAUAAGAAUGGUAUUGAUGCGUUACGAAGAUCCUAAGGGUGUAUAGGGGAUUGGGAUUUCAAUAUUGACAUACGCGUCGAAUGCGGUUUGGUGGACAUCGUACUCUGUUGCUCACAAGCUCAUUUGGGUUGGUCUUGGUUGCUGUAUGGGUAAAAGAGAUGAGAGUAGUAUGAUUGGAGGAUCUGGUUUGAAGCCUGAUUCAAAAACCUUAGUGGAUGUCCAAGGGUUAAGUGCCACCAUAGCUAGUGGCGUUUCGGCUCUAAUCACAAUGCCACUUGACACCAUCAAGACCAGACUACAGGUUCUGGAUGGAGAAAAGAAUGGGAUGAGAAAACCUAUGACAGUUUUGCAGACAGUAAGGAAUUUGGUUAACGAAGGGUUAGCAGCUUGUUAUAGGGGACUGGGACCAAGAUGGGCAUCAAUGUCUCUGUCUGCAACAACCAUGAUCACUACCUAUGAGUUCUUGAAACGGUUAUCGACUAAGAGCCAAGAGAGCUGGCAUAACAGGGGCGGCUGAAGGAAA